AUGUUCACCAACUUCGAGACAGCUCACCGGUUUGAGCCACUGGAUGAAUGUGACUUCACACUGACUCUCUCUUCACCUCGCAAACGCCACAACGCCUGCAUGGAUCAUGCGUCCGCCCCCUCCUCCGGCACCUUGGCUAUGGACUCAGACCACAUUCUCACUCCCAAACGGCAUUGCUUUGCCAUUUCCACAAACUAUUGA